AUGGUAGGCACCUCGCGAUCAUCGAUCAAAGACUCGGUGCAACCACAUCAAGCACACGCGAAAACGCCUGUCCAUCCGGAUUUUCAACAGCUUCGCGAUGAAGGGAAUCUUGAUAACGGCAUCAACCCCGACGAUCGCGAUCAAGACGAAGACGAAGACGAGCUACAAGUCACGCAGAAUCCUACCAACGCAAGGCCAGACAACACGAAAAAUUCACGAAAAAUGCUAGCGACGAGCAAGAGCCUUCCCAAUCUCAGGGCGCACACAAUCAACUCCACUACAUCUACAAUAAAACGGCCUCGAUUAUCAUCGUCGACAUCUCCUUCGCCGCCGCCGCCCUCUCGCACUCCCUUGUCGCAUGCUCCACGUUCUACUCCCCGACGACCUCCGAAACGCGCUCCGUUAACUAAUCGCCACCCAUCAGGUUCGCAACAAACUACGUUGGACAAGUUUUUCGGUGGAAAUUCGAUCAAGGAUAAAAAUACUCGCGCAGAGACUGAGACUCAAAGGCCGACGAAGAAGGCACGCUUUGAACGCGAUGGAGAUGCCGCUAUCGGAGCUCAAUUCACCACGUCUUCCUCGACAGCAGCAACAACAAAUCAACAAUUUCUUGACAACCGCGAAUCCCCCGAUCCGCUGAACGUCAUAUCGUCUCCUCCUAAUGGCGAUCGAGUACGUACGCGACAGAGAUCGAAUACCUUAACGACAUCCACCACGACCGGAACCACCACAAUACCUACAGAAACCACUACGAGCCGGUCCUCGCGGAACAAGGCACAUCCAGUCAUUAUUGCUGAUGAUGCCACCACAACGAAGCCUGAAAACGAGGUGGGUGUGAACGCCCAAAGCAAGCCAACAAAUAACACAGCCCAAGCCCAAGAAAAGAGAUCUCUGCGAUCACAUGAUGGAGGCUCCCGCUCGAGAAGUGAACUCGCGCUUUAUUUCCCCAACUAUGAGCAAAUCAUUAGUCUUGAGCCGGUGAAGACAGAAUUUCUCGCUCCGGAGACAAAUGUGACAAUACUCGAUGACCUGACCGAGCCGCCUCUUCCAUUGCCCACCCUCCAAUCGGGAUCUCCAUCGCGAACGAGGAAACAGCGCAACUCUAUCGAGCAAUUUUCGCCAUUUGGGAAUCCUCUGAAUAAUUUACACGGAGUUGAAAAGAUUGAACUACCAAAAGUAGAGGACAGUGAACUUGGGGUUACGGAUCCUUUGAAUGAAAAUGUCUACUUCAAAGCCCACCGUCGACACGAAAGGCAAGAAAAGCAACUACGGAAUAUCGAAAAAGAGCGAGCUCAACAUGAAAAGAUACAACUUGAUCGUCUGUUAGAUGAGCUUCAAGGUCAUGAUUGGCUUAGAGUGAUGGGUAUCAGCGGUAUUACGGACACAGAAAAGAAGCUCUACGAACCAAAACGCGAUUACUUCGUAAAAGAAGUUUCGGCAUUGAUAGGAAAGUUUCAUUUGUGGAAAGAGGAAGAGAAACGACGCAAGCAUGAACGCGAACAAAUGCUUCUCGAAGCCGCCAAUGCUGCUGCCGAAAAAGAAGAGCAUGCCGUUGAUGAAGAGAUGUCUGAAAGUGAAAAGCCAUCCUCAGAUAUUGACUCGAGCGAGCUGGAUGCCGCAGCUGCUCAACAACUUCUACAAGAAGCGCGAUCCGCAACAGCAACAGGUGCAACGACAUCCUCUCCACCGACACCAGCACACCCUCAACCCCGUCGGAGACUAGUAGAUGAAUUAACCAGCACACCACCCAAAUCUCGAUCAACUCAUCACAGAACAAACUCCAAACAUGCCAUACAUACCACAACAAACCAAGACUCCCCGUCCAAUUCUCAGGUCCACCAUCCAGAGAUUCAAGAAUACGACGAGAACAAACCUUUUACAUCCUUCUACCGAAAACGACAUCUCCGCGACGCGGCAUUCUCAAGUAGCCGUCGAGGCGGUCGCAACAGAUCUGCAUUUGGACAACCAUUACCAGAGCUCAUUGAAGAACGAGAAUUCGAGCUUCCCUCAGAGAUUUUGACGUCGAAUAUUGUCUUGUCCUUAGAACGGAAGAGGAGACGGUUGAAGAGGGAGAGUCGAGGUGGUUGA